AUGUCUCCUAUUCCCCCAUUGUCCUCUGCUUCCAGCAGCCGUAGCGAUCUCAGCUUAGACCUUUCCGACCACGGCAACUACACUGCCGUCCCACACAUGAGUCCCACCAUCGCUCAGGGCAGCGACUCUGGGCUGGCACCUCUCCAGAUUUCGCAUGGUGAACCAGAAGGGCUUGACCCGAUUGGUGGCGAGGAUGGCCUAGAGGCCGAUAGUUACAAUCUGGUGAAGCCGAAUCAGAACAGACAGUCCAUGCCUGUCGGUAAACAUAAGCUGGAGCAACGAUCAGAGCUACUCUUUUCAACUUCCCACUUACAAGCUAUUUUUGAUCGGCCAGCUUGUCUACACCAAUUUUCCGACUACUUGUACCGUCACCGCCAGACGUCUAUUCCUCUCUUGAAGUAUUAUCUUGAAGCGCUAAAAGCUUUACGAGCGCUAGAAUACAGCAAUGCUGUUGUCCGUGGCCUCGGGCUUUUGCCGGGACCCAACAAGCUCAACGGGUCACCGCCAGAGACCCUUGGCGAUGAGACGCCUUGCACAGUGAACGACGACUUGAGAAACACAGUCAACGCGGCUUUUGAGAUGAUGGUACAACAGGAUCUGCCAAUGUAUAUUACACAUGUCUGGAUCCAGACUGUGUCUGUGUCCAUCCGCCAUCGCAUCGUCGCAACACCGCCCCGUCACUUACACGAGGGAUUGGCCGAGGUUUUCUGUCUGACAGAUCCAUCGAGGACUGACAAUCCGAUUGUUUUCAUGUCGGAAGAAUUCAACAAGACAACCCAGUAUGGUGUUGAUUAUGUGAUUGGUCGAAACUGUCGCUUCCUGCAGGGUCCGUGUACAAAUUUGCUUAGCGUCGCGCGGAUACGGGAAAAGUUGGCGGCUGGCAUGGAGCAUUACGAGACGUUUCUGAAUUAUCGACGCGACGGAUCGCCAUUUAUGAAUCUCGUCAUGUUGGCUCCUUUGUAUGAUAGUCGAGGAACCAUCCGAUACUUCCUUGGUGCCCAGGUUGACGUGUCUGGACUGGCCAUGGAUUGCUUUGGCCUAGACGCCUUGAAAGACCUCACUAGAGGCCCAACAAAUAUUGAGACAUCUCACACGAAAGAUGAGUUUGUCUUACUUGCUGAAACGUUAGGACCACAGGAACUUGAUGCUGUGACGAAUCAUGGCGGCGACAUGUACAGACAUAUUCGUCUUCAAGCUGAGAUGGAACAUGCCCGCCAAAACGACAAUGACAACCAAGUAUCCGGUGAUAGUGGUGCCCUUCCAAAGUAUUCUGCUCCCAAGGCCAAGCGUGUCCUUCUUCGGGAUCCAGAUUCACCUACACAGGCGCCAGUGACUCUCGACAAAGGGGAUAUCCCUACUCUCCCCACGUCUUUGGCGAUUAAUCACAACGGUCGGUUGACAGGUGUCUAUGAGCACUAUCUCCUAGUACGGCCAUAUCCUUCAUUGCGUAUUCUCUUUACCAGUCCAUCCAUGCGCAUUCCGGGCAUUCUGCAAUCACCGCUCAUGGACCGCAUUGGCAGCUCACUACACACCAGACAGCAACUUGUUGAGGCACUGGCGGGAGGCCAAGCCGUCACCGCCAAGGUGAAGUGGCUGAGUGGCAACUGGUAUAACAACAACAAGGCCAACAGCACCAGUCAUCGGCCUCUAGACUCCCGACAAGGUGCUGAAGGUCAUGUCCCAGAGCGUGCUGGUAAGUCUCGCUGGCUGCAUUGCACACCGUUGGUAGGAAACAAUGGCAAAGUAGGCGUGUGGAUGAUUGUCAUUGUCGAUGGCGAUGAUGAAGCAGAUGCAUCGGAACAGGUCAAGACUGCAAAGCAUGCCGUCAAGGAAUCAACAUCUUCCGAUAAUACACGCGUUGAAAGCGCUCUAUCACAGCGGAUACAAGAUACCCGUUCACCCAGUGCAGCAUCCCAGCGGCCAUUUGAAGCAUCUCCUCGACCGCCAAGCGUCAUCUCACACCGACCGUCUGAAUCCUUCACACAGACUUGGGUUCCUGACUUCCCGCUGCCGUUGACUUUGCUGGAGAAUCAAGCUGAAUCUGUUGCUGCUCCGCCAUCCAUAAAAUCGCAGCGUUCCAUCAGCGGCUUCCGAACCCCUAGGAUGCCUCGGAUUCCGCUCCUGGAUUCUGGUGGUAGAUUUUUCAGCAGAGAUGUUUUGUCUCGCGCUGCUACUGAUAAGCCAGACGAGGAGGCAAAGCGAACCACCAAGGAUUUUAGUCAGCGGAUCAAGCAGAUGCGCAUCGACACCAGACAGAGGCGAGAGGCCAAGUUCAAUGUGCCGUCGCUGAUUCAAGAAUCGCCUGGAGCAGUCGAGAGAGAGGACGGUGCAUCGGUAUUCUCAAAGGAUCAAAAUUCGCUACAUAGUGUCAGGAUAUAG